AAUAAACCGUCGCAUAAUAAAGUAAAUUCUGUUUACUUAUAGAAAAUGAUGAAGUUUUUUAUUCAAGUGGGACUGUUGUUAGCUGGCGUCCAUUUUGCCACAGCUAUCCGCUGCUACGACUGCAGCAGCGUCAACAACACCAUGUGUCUGGACCCGAGCAGCUACGACCAGGAGACACUUCGCCGGUUCAUGGUGUUCGCCGAGUGUGGACAGGGGGUCAUAGUGCCUCAAAACUAUUUUUGUAGGAAGAUUGUACAAACUAUCUACCACACAAACCGCGAGUCUGUGUUCCGUAUAACGCGCGGCUGUGGUUGGGUGCGCGCUCCACAUAACCUUGACUGCUAUAAUGCGGACAACCAUGACCAUCUGGAGACGGUGUGUCAGUGCUUUGAAGAUGGCUGCAAUGGGGCAACGUCUAUGGUGCCGGGGUGGAUAAUGUUCGUCGGUUGCGUUCUUAUCAUGUUAAAUAAAUUGUGUUAAAAUUA